GCGGUGCUCCUCUUCCUCCUCCUCUUCCUCCUCCAGCGGCAGCGCUGCUGUCAGGGAUGCAGAUCAGCUGGGAGCUCCCUGGGCUGACAGCAUAUUUAACCAUGAGGAGAGCAGCGGCCGCCCAGCAGAAAUGCGCGCUGUGCUGACGGGGAGCUCACCCCGCCAUGAGCCGCCGACCUCCGGCCGGGACAUGAGGGGGGUCUGGGUCUGGGUCCUGGCUGCCGCGGCGCUGCUGGCCGCCACCACCGUCCGGGGAUCCCCGCUGCUGGAUCCAGAGGACUUUCUGGAGAAGUAUGGGUAUCUCCAUCAUGAGCACCAGGUCCACAAUGCUGUUGAAGUGCAGUCAGCCAUCAGAGAGUACCAGUGGCUCUCCCGUCUCCCCAUCACAGGGCGACUUGACAGUGUCACCCUGAGGCAGAUGGCAGAGCCCCGCUGCGGGGUGUCGGACGAGGGCAGCCAGCAGGUCUGGGCGCAGAGGGUGAACGUCGUCUUCACUGGGAGGAGACAACUGCAUCACCGCAGGAGGCGCUCCGCAGACCAAGCUGAGAAGUGGUACAAGCGACAGCUGACCUACCAGAUAGUGAACUGGCCUCGCCACCUGUCCCUGGUGUCCGUGCGACUGGCGGUGCGAACCGCUUUCCAGCUUUGGAGCAACGUGUCUGACCUGGUGUUCCAGGAGGCCCCCGAGGGCCCCGCAGACAUCCGGCUGGCUUUUUAUGAGGGAGACCACAACGACGGGACCGGUAACGCUUUCGACGGCCCAGGUGGGACCUUGGCUCACGCUUUCCUGCCCCGCCGAGGAGAAGCCCACUUCGACAUGGCGGAGAGGUGGACGCUGAACGGACACAAGGGCCACAACCUGUUCAUGGUGACGGCCCAUGAGAUCGGACACACCCUGGGCCUGGAGCACUCGCCCGUGCGGCACGCUCUGAUGUCUCCGUACUACAGGAAGCUGGGCCGCAGCCUGGUCCUGAGCUGGGACGACAUCCUGGCGGUGCAGCAGCUCUACGGUAAGCCGCUGGGCCAUCGUCCCGUCAGGCUGCCCGGACAGGUGUUACACGCCGCGCUGCAGGAGUGGGAGUUCACCGAGCUUCAGAGCCAGAACCCAGGACACCCGCUGUAUUGCCAGGGGGUCUUUGACGCCAUCACUGUGGAUGAGAAGCAGACAGUGCUGGUGUUCCGGGGCGGCGUGUUUUGGACGGUAUCGGCUGCGGGCGGCGUGAGCGGCCCGCUCCUCCUCCAGCAGCGCUGGCCUGGCCUCCCCCGCGCCGUGGAAGCUGCAGCCUUCUCCCCUCUGGACUCCAAGUGGUAUUUUUUCAGAGGCAAGCGGAUGUGGCGCUACGCAGGCACUGGGCUGGACCCGGGGUUCCCCAGGAAGAGCCAGGAGCUGGGACUGCCUCGCCGCCCGGACUGCGCUUUUUACUAUGCCCCUCUGGGUCAUAUGGUGCUCUUCAAGGGCCCCCGCUACUUUGUGCUCAACCUUAAGACUCUUCACCAGGAGGCCUAUUAUCCCCGCAGGCUGACAGACUGGACCGGGCUGCCGCAGGGCGUCAACGGGGCGCUGACCCGUCCGGACGGGCGACUCUACCUGUUCAAAGAUCAGCGGUUCUGGAGGUUCGACCCCAAGAAGGUGCGGGUCACCAGAGAGGGCCAGUGGGCCAAGGAUUUACGCUGGACUGGCUGUAGCAGUAUUUCACAGAGCAAUAACAUCCUUUGACCACCAGGGGGAGCAAAGGCAGUUUGUUUCACGUACAGGAGGGAAUCCUGCACAGUUUUAACAAAAACUCUCAUAUUACUGAUAUUAAACACUGAUAUUAGUGUGACACCCCUCCAUUAAACCAGAAGCAUACACAGUAUUUAUACUACUGAAAACGACUUAUACA